GGCCUGUCAACCCCUGGAGGGUUAUUAAGGCCUGUCAACCUCUGGAGGGUUAUUAAGCAUGGCAUGCUUAUCAAUGUUUUCACACAGGCAGCCUUCGACACAAAUGCCUCGUCCAUCCUUGACUUAUACUGCUCUCAUUCAUGAAAACUUUAACCAAAUUGAUGACCAGACCACACACCAGGAGAUGAGGAGACGACAUUUCGGUCCGUCCUGGACCAUUAUCAAGUCAAUUAUCUCUUUAACCAACUUAUCUUUAUUAAAUUAAAAUGAAAGAAAUUUGAUUCCCCCAGUUUCCCUGACUAAAUCUAUUAUGGAAUCCUUACCUGAUAGUUUCUCCUAUUUUUUCCGUAGGGCUAUUGAUGUGUUCUACUUAAAAAUAUAUAUAUAUAAAUUGUAUAUAUUGAUUGUGGGCGUCUGCUUGUCUUUUCAAGAUCUGCAAGUAUCGGUAAAAUGUAUUCCAACUGGUUGCUUCCGUUCGCCCCGCUGGCCACUUUAUUCCCCGGCCACAGGCAACAGGAUGCGUAACGCCGUGGUGGUUCUGGUGCUGGUGGCAAUGGUCGCCGUCCUAGCCCGGGCCCAGGAGCUGAAGUAUCCUGAGCGUGAGGUGGUGGCCGAACUGGCAGCCCAGAUCCUACGGGUGGCCCAGGGCCCCUGGGGCACCAUGGCCGGAGGACCACACAAGCGCAACUCUGAACUCAUCAACUCCAUCCUGGGGCUCCCGAAGGUGAUGAACGAAGCCGGCAGGAGAUAAGUGGCCUCCCGCAUCCCUCUGCUAACUUAAGGACGAGACCAGCAGGCGUGUGACCGGAGCCUCUCACCAGCUCACACAAAGGGCGGACUGUCACCUCCUCUCAUGACUCACAGCACCAAGAAUCUCACCCACUGCUGUCCCUCACCUCUGUAACAUGUGUGCUUAUAGUAAAAACCUAUAGAAUAUAAA